AUGACAAACUCGAACAGUAGCUCGUUGUCGCGCGCUUGGCUGCGAGCAAAUUGCUGUCGCUGCGGCGACACGCGCCAGGACACGAUGAACAAUAACCUGAAGGAGGAGACACCGCUGCGGGAGGAGACGGAAACUCUCUUGCAUCGCAUCGCGUUCACCGUUUGGCACACUGCCCUCCAUAUAGAGAGCGAGGUACAGACGUCCUUGUCGGCGACGACGCCCGCGAGGACGCCGGGCGUCGGCGCGGACGCGACGACGACAGGAUCCGGAAAGGGCGGAGGUCGCGUGACAGAAGUAAUGGAGCUUUGUUACGUCACCGAAAGAAUCAUUGCACUCUGGUACAGGGAGGAUGCGCAGGGAGUCCUUGAACAUGCUACCGCACUCCUGCGAGGGAAGCACGGUGAUAAUUAUAUGAUAUUCAACCUGUCGUCGGCAGGUCGCGCAGGCGAGCCAAACACGAGGGAGGCAGGGUGGCCGCAGGGUCUGGCGCCCAGUUUGGAGAGGCUGUGCGCCUUGUGCAAGGAGCUGGACUCCUGGCUGAACGGCGCUCCGAAUCGCGUGGUCGUUCUCCACGCCAGGGGGAGCAAAGAACGACUGGGUGUGGCUGUGUCGGCGUACAUGAACUACAGCAGCAUCUGCGGCGGACGUGAUCAAGCGUUGGACAGGUUCGCUAUGAGGAGGUUCCUCGACGACAAGAUCGGAUCUCUGCAGGUUCCGUCGCAUCGAAGGUACAUCAAGUAUUUCAGCGGACUUCUCUCAGGCUCCUUGAGGAUCAGUCAAUCACCCCUGUAUUUAACGCAUCUCACGGUUCUCGGUGUUCCGCUGUUCGAGCCUACAGGUUGUCGAGCGUUCCUCAAGGUCUACGAAGGCCUCACUCCUGUUUACACGUCGGAUCUCUAUUCAGUGACGAACGCUCGCGAGUUCACCGUGAACCUUGGCGGUCUCCGUCUUCGGGGCGACAUCCUGGUGAAGUGUUACCACAGGGUGUACUCGAAGCAGAGCCGAGAAGUAAUGUUCUCGCUGCAGUUUCACACGUGCGUGAUAACGGAGAACGUUGUGUCGUUCCCUCGAUCGGAGCUGGACGUUGCCUGCGACGAUCCACGAUGCCCUCCGGACAGCGUGGUCACUCUGUACUUCGCCACCGACGCGAAGCGUCAGGACGGGCCGGUACCAGCGCCGACACCAGCGGUGCCGCAUGCUUCCGCUCACCACGAUCCCAUCCUCCACUGGGACAGCUACACGAAUCUCGAAAUCAGCGACGACGGUGAGUUGAAUCGUUCAGCUAGCUUUCCAUUACGUUACUCUUCUCGCUGUCCGUGCUCAAGGGAAGAAGGAAUUUCAAGAAUUCCUAGAAUGCUGAUGAUUAACGAUCGCACGAGGGAGUUCGCGUGGAACGAAGCAAGCUCGAUUAAGCUAGAUUCA